UAUCUAAUCAACUACCUCAUCCUUUGCCGUCCAUCACUCAUCAAAACAAUUACACUUUUAAUCCAACGCCUCAUAACGGGCGACUUUCUGUCUUCCGAUACUAACAAUAAUUCAUUAAUAGCACAUGUUCUACGUUUCUUGCCUUCUUCCUCUGGAUUCAACUAAUUUUCUGUUGUUUGUGUUUUGCUUUUCAAGAGUUCGGUUCGCCUCUCCAUUCUCACCACCUGAUUUCUGGAUUUUGUAAGUUUUUCUUCGCUCUCCUCUCAAUUUCUUUUCCAUUUCCCCACCAUUUUCUUCACGAUCAUCAAUUUCAGCUUUCUUGUUCUUCGUUUUCCCCCUCCUCCUUUCGCCCUCCGAUUUGUAACCAAUGGAGAUGGCUAUGGAGUUGGAUGAUUCGUUUUCGAACGUUUUGCUUCCCUUUGCCCUCGUCUCGUUUACUGAAGAUGGAAGGACUCCGCGGUUUUCGAUUAAUCCAUUACGAAGUACGCUGCGAAUAUCUAUACCUACGCCCUUUUAAGUUUUCUUUAGGGUUUCUUUAGUUUCUUAGUUUUUCCAUGUCUUCUGGUCUGCAUUUUCGAGGAUUCUAUUUCGUUUCCGGGCCUAUUUGUUGAAUUUUUUUCAAUUUGAAGAUUGAUUGUGUGUGCUUUAGUGUUUUUUCAUAUGGCUCUGGUAAGCUGUUGUUUCUCUUCGAAACCCUCCAUUUCUACUUGUUGAACUCAAAAGAAGAACAGCUGUUGUUUCUCUUCCAUCUUUCGUUGAAGACUACUACGGAAUUCUACUGUCAAGCUCGGCUCUUUUCUAAGAAAUUUUUGGAUCUUAGAAUUUUGAUACUAGCUCUUCAGCUUGAAUGGCUAGAAGGAUGGAAUUGGGGUUCCCGAAGUCUGCUUCAUACAGUCUUCGAGAACAAGCUGCUAGAACGAUUCUACGCAAUGUAAGGUCACAAGGGCACACAUACGUUGAGCUACGAGAAAAUGGGAAAAAGUUUAUUUUCUUCUGUACUUUGUGUCUUGCACCGUGUUACAGUGAUUCAGUGCUCUUUAACCACCUGAAGGGCACUCUUCACACUGAAAGAUUAUCGGCUGCCAAACUGACUCUAUUAGGACCAAAUCCGUGGCCUUUCGAUGAUGGUGUUCUUUUCUUCCAUAAGCCGGUUGAAGGAGAUAGCCAGGUUGGGAUGUCAAACGACAAUCAUGAAAGGUUGUUGGAGUAUAACAACAAUGAUAACAACCUUGCGAUUGUCAAGUAUGUUGGAAACUCAAAAGGCAAUGGCAAUGGACAGGAGGAGUUUAAUGGAAAUAUGAGGAACGUGGAAGAUUGUUCCUUCGAGAAUUUGAAUGAUGGUGGAGAAAGCGGUCCUUUGGUGAUUCCUGGUGUACUGAUUAAGGAAGAAAUUUCUGAUAUAAAAGUGAGGUCGUUGGGUUAUGGACAAAUUGCUGCUAGGUUUACUGAAAAGGAUGGGAUCUUUUCUGGAGUCAGCAGAAUAUGGUGUGAAUGGCUGGGUAAAGUAAAUGACGGGAUUGAGAAUAAGGUCAAAGUUCCUGAACAUAAUUAUGCUAUUGUUACUUUCACUUAUAAUGUUGAUUUAGGUAGAAAGGGCUUGCUUGAUGAUGUCAAAUUGUUGCUUUCAUCAAGUCCCGGAGCUGAAUCACAGAAUGAUGAGAACCGUCAAGUGAAAAGAAAGAAAUCUUUCUCUGAUCCUGAGGAUGGUAGUCUGUCGAUGAGCCCCCAAUAUGAUUCGUCUGGUGAAGAUUCUUCAGCUUCUAAUUGUGUCAUGUCAUCGCUGUCGUUGGAUGGAUAUGAUGAUCAAAUUUUGAGUACAACAGUCAUGUUGAAUAAGGCAGUAAGGCGUGAGCUGAGAAGGCAACAGCGUUUAGCUGCAGAGCGGAUGUGUGAUAUCUGUCAACAGAAGAUACUUACUCAUAAAGAUGUAGCAACACUUCUGAACAUGAAAACUGGAAGACUUGCCUGCAGUAGUCGAAAUGUUAAUGGGGUGUUUCACGUAUUUCAUACCUCUUGCCUUAUACACUGGAUACUUCUCUGUGAGUAUGAGAUUAGUGUGAAGGAUCUUGGUGGUUCAAAAGUUAGACGAAGGUACAGGAGAAAGAAAAAGACUAAGGGCAACAAACACAGCAAAGACGGUGAAACGAGACAACUAAAAUCCCAAAUUGAUUAUGUUUUCUGCCCUGCAUGCCAGGGUACCGGUAUGAUUAUUGAUGGGGAUGACCUGGAGAAGCCCACUGUCCCUCUUUCUGAGAUCUUUAAAUACAAAAUAAAAGUGAGUGAUGCCCGAAGAGCAUGGAUGAAAAGUCCCGAGGUUCUGCAGAAUUGUUCGACAGGUUUUCAUUUUCCUUACCAACCCGAUGAAACUAUACAGGUGGGAACCAAACCAUUCUAUCUAGAAACUGCUCCUGUUUCAUGUAUGGAGUCCUGAAUUUUAUUAACUUAAUUGCAGGAAAAUGUGAAGCCUCUCAAGUUGCUGCAUUUUUAUGGAGCUUUUGUAUAGAAAGUACCUUCAAAUUUGUUGGUUGGAACAAUAGGCUUCCAGCAUGCGCUGAAGCGUACAGUAGGUAGGUCUUACUUCCUUCAUUAAUAGAUACUGAACAAACUUUGAACAAUCUCAUGGUUAUUGUAAAUGAUAUGUCCACAAGUCUCGUAAAUAUUAUGAAGAUUGAAGGGCGUGGGAGUAUCUUGAUAUAUAUAGAUUGCUCUUUCACUGCGUCUGUUUUCUUUUUUUGGGUUGCAGUUGGAUCAAACUUUGAGACUUCAUUGUGUGUCAAUAUUACUGUAUCACAUCUCACAAUUGCAGUCCAACAUGAUCCUUUUUUCUUUCCUUUAAA